AUGGCGGUGGCGAUAUCGACCUCCGGGGUCGGUAUCAGCAGCCGCAAGGUUAUCAUCACCAUGGCCAACCACCUCUCAACGCCAAUCUCCAGCCGUCAAACGAGUACCCUGACCCAAACAUACGAUGGGCCCACUACCACGAGGGCUUCCGCGCUGGGCAGCACGCGGCGGCAGACCAGGAUCAUGGCGGGCAGCUACAUCGUGGUCGCUACCCUGAACACCAACCCACGGCCGAGGACCGAGAAAGGUGGACGAACCGUGAUCAGGGAGAGCAUGAGACGCGGAGAACACGCCGUCCACGUGGGAGAGGAGCGGCGGUCAUCACCACCACCAUCACCAUCAUUUUCUCCAAAGCGAGAACAAUUCAUCGUCGUCGUCGUCGUCAUCAUCGCGCAGGCGCUCGUUCUGGCCAUGGCGUAG